UUACCCAUCCACCAAGGGGGCCAAAGUGGUUCAUGACAGGAACCUCAGGUCCUUCGGGGUUCAGCCUUGCCCAAGGGCAAAAUUUCCAAGUGACUUCCAGUCUGACCAAAUUAGUGGGCUUCCCAUUGAGAUAUUGUGGCACAUAGCUGGGUUCCUUGACAGUUUCAGCCUGUGCCAGCUGUCACUGGUGUCACGGACAAUGAGGGAGGUGUGUGCCAGUCUCCUCCAGACCAGGGGCAUAGUGGAGCUGCAGUGGGAGCGGAGACGGUGUCCUGGUGCCCCUGGCACAGUGUCAUGGCAGAUCAAAAACAGAGUGUGGAGAUUCAGCACGGCGUUCAGCCCAGUGUUGUCUUGGGGUUUCACUGAUCUGCCCAGCAUGUCGGACCAUCUUAAGAAGUGCCACUUCAACAAUGUGGAGCACAAGACCGAGCCAGUACCCCUUCCUGCCAUGUGUACUGCACGAGAUGGACACUCGCUGCGUCGCGUCCUGCGUCACGUUAACUCCUGAUCAAACAUGGCUGACCUCUCGUAGCUGCACAAUAGUCACUGUGGUAUUAUGUGGAUGUUGCAAUUGCAGAUUUCAUGUCUUGAAAACAUAUAACUCUUCCUGUUUUUCGCUACAUUAUGAA